CGCCUGUCCCUCACCCGCGCUAGGUCUUGUUAUUGUUGUUCGUUCGUUUGUUUGAAUGUAUGUAUGUUUGGUGUCCCUAGUCUUGGGAUUGUUGCACCGGCAUCGGAACAGGCGUGGAGCCUGGUGUUGUUGUGACACAGCUUGAGCGGGGACGACGCGCAUUUGUGCGCGCGGGAAACGAAAGUGGAUUACCCGUGCGGAUGUCGAACGUCGCGUUGGUUUUGAUGCUAGAAUUACUCGACGGCGCUUCAAGGAUCGACUACUGGUGCACAUCCUGCGCAGCAGAUAUUUUUUUUAAUCAGCACAGGGGGAGUUGGUGUUCCAUUUCUUGGUGCAGGCAAUAGGAGCCUGAAACAUGUUGCCAAGCGACCGGAGCAGAGGGAGCUCGGCUCGACGGGGUUUACAAGUGCUGGGAAAAAUACCUACAGUACCGAAGCCCAUCAACCUACCAAGUCAACGGUUGGAGAAUCGUGGACUCGACCCUAAUGUGGAGAUAGUACCGAGGGGAAGCGUGGGCUGGGGAUCUGCGGGGCGUUCACCACCAACGACCAGCAACGCAUGGGGGACUAUAGCACAGGCGUCUUCUCCACCGAGCGGUAGUGGAGCGUGGGGACCUAAAGUGGGCAAUAGUGGUACGGGUGGAGGGACAACGUUGGGGGCUCCAGGAAUUAUCCCGCGUCCAAGUUCAGGAGGCAGUGGCGGUCGUCCUUUGUCGGCGGAAAGCGUUGGACAGGCUCAGCAAUCACCUGAUUCGUUUUCGGAAAACACUGAUUCGAGUGGUGCGUGCCGUGCCAGGCCGUCCUCUGCUUCUGGAGUUUUAGGUCAAGCGCAACCGCUGGUCGCUCAGGCGCAAGCCCAAGCGCGUCCUCGGAGUGCUGAUAUCACACGACCCGCUCGCAAUCUGUCUGAGUUUGGGGAUCAGUCAGCGGAUUCUUCUCCAGCGGGCAACCCAGCAUGGACGGGUCGCCGCAGACUGGGGGAGGAGCCUCAUCAGGCUUCGCGGUUUCAGUUGACGAGGACAGAUUUUCCCACUUUGGGUUCGGAGAAGAACCCAGACCUGCGUCCGCAGCAGAGCAGCACUAAUGCUGAGCGCGGACCUCCAGUGGAGGCUAAUGGACCACAUGCUGAAGAGAGGAGGCCACCUACACCGCCAGGUCCUCGCGAAGAGAUAUUACCACCAAGGCCUCGCAGCGCUGAGUACGGACAUCCAGAGCGAAGUGGUUCGGACAACUGGAGGAGGGAAGGUCCGGCUUUCCAAGGACCAUCUCCGCAUGUGGAAGGAAAUUGGCACAGGGAUGGACCCUCUGCGAGACCGUUGUACGGCGGACAAGGUCCGCAUCCAGAGGGUUGGAGACGGGAGGGGGGUCCGUCGGGAGGGACAGCUGACGAUAACUGGCGGCGUGGAGGAGCUCCACCCGUUGGUCAGUAUGGGCCUCCCCCGGGGCCUGGUCACUAUCCCCACGAGGGCCCAGGGUUCAUGCAUGGACCUCGGUUUGGAUCCGGGCCGGGAGGUUUUGGUCGCGGGGCACCAGGUCCAGGCGGGUACGGUCACCACGGCGAUAUGUAUGGUCACUCGGGGCCGUUGUUGCGACCAGCAGGUCCGAUGCACCCAAUGAGACCGAAUAUGUUCCAGGGGCCGAUUCCUUACGAUGGUUUCUAUGGACCUCCGGGCCCGGGGUACCAAAACAUGGAAGAUCCAGAGAGGAUGAUGAUGGGAAUGGGGGGUGGACCAGGGCCAUACGGCGGAUACGGACCGCACAGAGGGCCUCCCCCGGAAGCGUUCGGGCGGUUUGGACAUGGGGGCAUGAAUCAGGGGCCCCGACACCACCGGGAGGGGAACUUGCGUGAGCGUGGCGAAGUGGUGGGAGAAGGGUACCACGAAAGCCAGAACUAUCACAAGGAAAGUGGUGAAGGUCGUGGCCACAAAGACGGAAGGGCAUAUGGCGAGCGGUUCAACGGCGGAUCAGGUGAUGGUCAGGAGGGCGGAGACAACCGUAGAGGAGGGUUGCAUCGAGGGGCACCCAGUGGCGGCGAUGUUUAUGGGCAGACACAAAGAGGUGCCUCCGGCGGACACCGCGAUUGGGGAGCCGUUGCAAGCAGCGACGAACCGAUGGAUUUCUCGAAGCCAGUUUUUGAAGAGGAGCCGGCUGCAUCGGCAUCACCUGUUGAUUCAGGAAAGCAAUUUCCGUCGUCGAUAAAGGAGGAAGAAUCGGCAGUAGAGGAGGUGAAGCGGGAGAAUGUGGAAGCGGAGAGGAGUGUGGUGGAAGAGGAAGUCGUGAAGGAGGAGGACAAGGAGGUGGUAGUUGCAGUGAAGAGCGAUCCUGUGGCUGCAGCCUCAAAGCCGAGCGUGGAAGUUUCGAGGGCGCCGAGGGCGAAGGUUGAGGGCAUAGAAGUCGCAGAGGGCAAGGAUGAGUUGGAGAGAAAGACUGUGAAUGUGCUGGUGGUGGAGAAGGAAUUUGUGACUAAGAUUGCUACGAAAGACAGGUGGGAGAGGGGGAGCCGGCGGGGUGAGAAUCAGAGUCAAGUAAGGGAGGCGGGCCAUUCUGAUGGGAAUGUUGGAUCCGUUAGCCUGCGAUCUAGCCCAUACGGCGGCGGAGGUGGGGGGAAAUCUAGCAUUCUUGGUAAUGCCCCACGGAAUGCAGUGGCAGAUGUAGCAGGCGGUCCAGCGAGCAUGCAUCACUGGAGUCAGGAGAAGUCGGGUGGUGUGGGCCGUAGUUCAGAGAGGUCGGAGGCAGAGGUUCCGAAAGGAGGAGAAAUGGGACGCAUGUUGAGGCGUCCAGAGAGCCCGAGAGUGCAGGCUGGGGGCGUGGAGGACGGGGUUUCGGACGUCGGUGUGGUCCAAACAGACACAGGUCACGAUGGUGGCGCAAAAGAUGCGACGAAAUUGAAAACCAAAGUUGCUUCGCACGAUGGGGAAAAGGAGUGGAGACCAAAGGUUCCGAUCGCAGAAGUGAGUCCAAGGCAUUCUGCGGGUGUUGCAGCACUGGGUCCGAAAGCGGGGGUUGCUGGUUGGGGAUCAGCAGUGGAGGACACGGAGAGCAAGGGAGCGGAGCCCGGGAGUGGGACCCAGGCUGGUCCAGACAAUAAUGUGGAUGCAGAGGUGCAGCAGGCGUCGAUGAAAGAGAAGGUGGCUCAGAUGGCAAGCCGGUUGGCGAAAGAGGAGGAGGAAAGAGUGAGAGAGCAGAAAGCGAAGGCUAGGGCAAAGCUUGAAGAGCUGGAUCGGAGAUGCACUGCGGUACUGGCAGUAGCAGCCGAGAAAGUGAUGGUUUCGGAGGUUUUGAAGCCCAGCAUUGAAGGAUGUGAAAAUCGGGAAGUGACGGAAGAGGUUGUAGCGGCAGAGUCGGCAGCAGUGGUGCAUAUUGGCAGCGGCAGCACAAAGCGUGGCGGGCGCAACGAACAUGGGAAGCUCGAGCGUGACAGGAAGGUGCAUGGGCGGAAAACAGGCGUCGUGGAAGGUGACAGGGUUAAGGCUAACGGCGGCGCCGGCGUGCCUCCGCUGGCAAGUGGGAGCGGUGGUCCUCUAUUGAGCAACCCUGUGAGCGUGGGUGAAACACAUUGUGAACAGGUGAACCCGCAGCGCGAGUCUCGCCACAAGGGAAGACCCGAGAAGCAACAGGUGGUGGGUGGAAUAGAGGAAGGGGAGCGGCCAGUGGCAGUGGCCGGUGCGUCUCCCGACAUUUCUCUGACCGGAGGUAACGGGGGCUGGAAUAUGGACAGUGUGGCUCUGCGAGAGGUGGAUCCAGGAAACACAGGUCAUGUGGGUACGAGCAGCAGCGAUGGGCCAGGCAGCCUUCGCAAGAGCAAGAGCAAGAGCAGUCGCAAUAGCAAGAACAAACAGCACCCAGAAGCUCCGGCGGUAAUGAUGUUGGAGAGCAUCCAGUUUGGUGACAUAGUAUCUGGACUGCACAGCACGGAUUUCCACAUCUCAGGGAGUGAGCUACAAGGGGAUCCAGGUGCAAGUGGAUGGCACAUGGAUGCGGGUAAAGACGUGAGCCUGUCAGGCGAUGCUCUUACUGGGGACGAGGGAUCUGCAGUAUCGACGAACGAAGAUGGUCCCAGCAAGAGGACGCAACGCAAGAGUCGCGGUGGUUGGCGUCAGAGUCGAAGCGAUCGGGGAUCUCAAGAUCAGCGGACAGCUGAGAAGUCCCAUGGGGGCGACACCAUGGUGUGGGCUCCGGUACGGUCUCCUGGUGCUGGGGGAGGGGCUAAAGGUGAAGGGCCUCAGUUGAGCGAUCAGCAAGAGGACAGCGGAUCGGUGUCGCAGCAAGGACGUGGGAAGAGGGCAGAAAUGGAGCGAUACACUCCGAAGCCUCUGAUGAAAUAUCAAGAGAGUUCGGAGCAGACAUCGGUUUCGCUGCAUGCGCAGACGCAAGGAGGGCAUAACCAGGGUUCUCAGGGUGGCGUCGCAGUGGAUGCGGUGGCGGCGGAGAGUGCGCGCGUUGUGGGCGUUGCAGAAGGCAAGCAGUCGUGGAUUGGGGACGGGAAAGGUAGUCAAGAUGCAAAGGCGAGGGAUUCUGGCAGCAAGGGCGGAAGGUCCCAUGGAUCGUGGCGGCAAAGAAGCUCUGGGAGCGAGAGCGCAAAGGAUGCUCCUGCCACGAUUGCUGGUGGAUUGGGGCAGGGAGACGCGGAGCAUCAUCGUCAGCGGUCGGAUCAGAGAUCUGGUGGUGGGGUAGGUCUGUCUCGUCGCAACCAGUUUGGAUCUGAGCACUCGACUACCUCACCACAAGCAACGGCAGUCGGUGUCCCGGCUGCAGGUGUACCUCUUGCCACAGGUCUAGGCCCCGCUCCCGCCCUUGUUUCGGCGCAAGUGUCCGAGAGGGAGUACCCUGCGGACAAGAAGCUGUAUCAGCCACCGCGGCAUGCGUCUGGUGCCGGUCAGCGUGGUCAAGAUUAUCGAGGGCAGGAUGUCCGCGGACAAGAGCAUCGUGGACAGGAUCACCGUGGGCACUGUCCGUAUGCAUUCGAUCACAAGGAACAGGAGCAGGGCACAGGAGGACGUAGUCGGCAUUUCAACGCAGCAUCGGACCGAGCGGUUACAGGCGAGACUACAGGGUUGCAGCAACACCAGCGCAACAUCGGCGGUCAGCAUCCCAGGAGCCAUAAUGUGGAGAAGGAUCAGGCCCUCAGCCAACAAGUGUACGUAACCCCGCACGCACAGCAAAAGCCGCAUCCCGCAGCAGCUGCAGUGGAGUCGAGUCGGUCGGUGUCGAGCGAAAGAGAAGGUCAACAGCAGCAAGGUUGGAGGGGUCAGAGCCAGCAUUCAGGCUCGAGCGGUGAGCAGGGGUAUUACAAUCGAGGGCGGUUGGAAAGAGAUCAGGCGGUGAGGAUUUCUUCUGGUCCGCAGAGAGGGCAGGGGCACUGGCAGCAGAGCGGCGGCAACGAGGGGUUUCGGUCAGGUCCGCUUCGUCCACAUCUUCCAGAGAGGGAUGUGGGAGGGAGCCGUGAUUCGAGCAGAGCUGAAGUGUCUCAGCAGCAAGCAGGGGAGAGCCAACGUGGACAUGGGUCGGAACAGGCGGGGCAACAGCAGAACAAAGGUGGCCAGCAGACUGCCCCUGUGGCGAUUCCAAGCGCGAAAACAGAGGGUGGGAACUGGGGGGGAGAAGGUGGCAGUCCACCAGUGGUACGUGGAAGGGAUUACAACCACGGUCGAAGGGGACGAUUCGGCGGCCGUUCAGGUCCUCGGAGCACGGAGGUGGAGCACCGACGAGAUCUACCUGCGGCGAAGCAACGGCUGGUAAUUGAUGCAACAGGUGGGGCUGUGCCCAGUCAAGUUGGAGUUUAGCAAGGUUAGUUAUUUGUCAUGCUCUUGAUGGGGCGUAGUGAGCGGAACGGGUUUGGGCCUGGUACCGUAUGGAAAACCGCAGUUUGAACUGAUCAUGGCACGUAGAGCAUCGCAAAUGAGGAAGGUGCGGUAGCCUGCUCAUCGGGUUGAGGAUGGGUAACGUGGUGUCAAUCUUUGAAGUGGAUCCGUGUGGUGUUACGUCGUGGUGUUGCGAAUGCAUGGGCUCGCAUGCACCUGGUAUGUAGGACGUGCAUUGAAGGAAGCCUGAAACGUGAUGAGGAUGUGUUUCAGGAGGUUUGACUGAGAGAUAGCCCAGCUGCCUUUGGUGGUGUGGGGCUGAACGGAUGGAGGAGUGAUGCAGUCUGCUUGUUCGACUUGGGGGCACUGCAGCUACAGUUGCAAGGGGCGAUUUUGUGGGUGCUCACAUGCGCCAGGCAAGUGAGAUGAUAGCACCUUGGAGCUGAGGCGGCCAGCAGAGAUACGCCGCGGCUUGAGCUUGCGUUGAGGUGGCCGUAGGCUCUCGGCAUGCACUUAUGACGACAAUGGUGCGAGGAUUUGGUGUGAAAUGGUGAACUGGUGUGACCGGGGUGAGUCACGGCGCGUUUCGUCAUGGCAGUCACAUCGGGACAAGGAAGUAUUUUGGCGGUGGUGUUUAGACGGGAUUGUGGGCUGUUAGUAGGCAACUGAUUCCCGAGUAUGAGCUUUCUGUGCAAACUUGUCCGUGCAAGGCCCUUGGUUUGGCAACCUUGGGAUGUCAGUACAAUAGUUGUCAAUGAAGGAUUUUGAAAGUGUACCUUGUUUUAGACGGUUUACGGAGGUCUGGAAAACACUGGAUUAAGUUUGGCGGAUUUUGAUACAACGCAGUCCCCUGGAAGGGAUAUAAUUUUAUUUUUUUCCUUAACAAGAAAAGCGGAAUGUGGGCUUGGUUGAUGUCCCUCGUGUGUCAAUACUGUGCUUAAUGUCGGGGCCGUUCAGUUUGGGUUAUUUCAUUCUCGGGAUCAAUGUAUUUCAUGAGGGUUCGAUAUGGGCCUGGCCUCGGGCACAUAAAACAGUAAAUUCUAACAA